UGGCCUCCGGUGUAAUUAGUUGUUCUAUUAAGUCGGCGUCCCCAAAAUUUUAUCUUUAUAUCCUCCUCCGGAGACUAACAUCGGCCUCCUUUCUCCAUCCGGCGAAGCUCAAUCGAUCGUCUUCAACAGUUUCUCCAUUUUGUCGUAAAACAUGAUGCCUUCGCUGAGCACAAAUGCUUCUAUGGCGACACCUUCUAUGUGCCCUUUUGGGAAUACAAAGAUUCAAAGUAGGAGCUUCCAACUGACUAGGCAUGGUCUGGCGGUGCCGUACAGCCAGCCUAAAGUCGCACAUACUAUUUCUUACGCAUCACGAUCACCAUCGAGAAGUUUGAUAUGUGCUGCUGCACUCAAUGCAAGAUGUGCAGAAGGGCAGACCCAAACAGUGACACGCCAAUCAUCAACAAUCACUAUUGCCCCAACGCAAGGUAAGGAGAAGUCACCGGAGCUUGACGAUGGAGGGACAGGGUUACCUCCGAGGGAUGAUGAUGGUGGCGGCGGCGGAGGCGGCGGAGGAGGCGGGCCUAACUGGUCUGGGGGUUUCUUUUUCUUUGGUUUUCUUGCUUUCUUGGGAUUACUCAAGGAUCAAGAGAGUGAAGGACCUUAUCGAGAUAAUAGAAGAAGAUAGAGCUUGCCCAAUUAUCUACAGGAUGCUUCAUGUUGUCUUUUAAGAUUGAAGUAUUAAAAUUGUUCUACUCAUUAAUACAUACAAGAUUUUCUAUGCCAA